AUGCGCGCGCGCUCCUCACGGAGGCUGGUUCCCGGCGGGAGGCUCGGAAGCGUUCCAGCUGCUGACGGACCGGACGCGCCGGGGCGCGCGUUCAGUCCUCUUGUCUUAUCCGCCUGUUCGAGAUUCCUAAAGAUGUCAACUCAAGGACAUACUUGGGCCCGUCAGGUGAAGAAGGAGGGUGAGGAAGAGGACCCGCUGGACCAGAUGAUCUCCCGCUCUGGCUGUGCUGCCUCCCACUAUGCAGUGCAGGAGUGCAUGGCCCAGCACCAGGACUGGCGGCAGUGCCAGCCACAGGUGCAGGCCUUCAAGGACUGCAUGAGUGAACAUCAGGCAAGGCGGCGAGAAGAGCUGCAGAGGAGGAAAGAGCAAGACAGUGCCCACAGCUGA